CUACUGUUCCCAUAAGGCAUUGCAAAUAACAACAAACGUGUCUGGGUUCUCUUUGCACUCCACAGCUACCUGUGAAUGAAGACAAACAAGUAAUUAUUUGCUGCAAGAUGAGGAGUGGCUCACUGUAGACAGCCAUGGCGCCUGGAGACAUGGUGCCAGAGCACGCCAAGCAGCAGAAACCCAAGGAGAAACAGCAGCGGCCCAGCCCAAGGAAGCCCUCUGUGCGAGACAGAGAGCCGGAUGGCUCCUUCGUAUUCGAGGCCUACGAGGCAUGGAAGGACUUCCAUAACUCCCUCAGGCAGUUCUACGAAGUCGGGGAGCUCUGUGACGUCACACUGAAAGUGGGCAGCAGGCUAAUACCAUGCCACAAGCUAGUGCUGGCCUGUGUCAUCCCUUACUUCAGGGCCAUGUUCCUUUCGGAGAUGUCCGAGGCAAAGCAGGACCUGAUCGAAAUCAAAGACUUUGACGGCGACGCCAUCCAGGACCUGGUGGGCUUCGCCUACUCCUCCCGGCUAACCCUGACCGUGGACAACGUCCAGCCGCUGCUCUACGCCGCCUGCAUCCUUCAGGUGGAGCUGGUGGCGCGCGCCUGCUGUGAGUACAUGAAGGCCCACUUUCAUCCCUCCAACUGCCUGGCCGUGCGCACCUUCGCCGAGAGCCACAACCGCGUCGACCUGAUGGACAUGGCGGACCGCUACGCGUGCGAGCACUUCCGCGAGGUGGUGGACUGCGAGGACUUUCCGUGCGUGUCGCCGCAGCACCUGCGCACCUUGCUCUCGUCCGGCGAGCUCAACAUCCACUCGGAGACGCAGGUGUACAACGCCGCCGUCAAGUGGCUCAAAGCCAACCCCCAGAACCAUGAGGCCUGGCUGGACCAGAUCAUGUCUCAGGUGCGCCUCCCCCUGCUGCCUGUCGACUUCCUGACCGGCACAGUGGCCAAGGAGGAGAUGAUCAAGACCAAUCUGAGCUGCCGAGACCUGCUGGAUGAAGCCAGGAACUACCACCUGCACCUCAGCAACAAGGUGGUGCCCGACUUUGAGUACUCGGUCCGCACCACUCCCAGAAAGCACACGGCAGGCGUGUUGUUCUGUGUCGGCGGCCGAGGCGGUUCUGGGGACCCGUUCCGCAGCAUUGAGUGUUACUCCAUCAGCAAGAACAGCUGGUUCUUUGGACCGGAGAUGAACAGCAGACGCCGGCACGUUGGAGUCAUAUCUGUAGGAGGUAAGGUGUAUGCCGUUGGUGGCCAUGACGGCAGUGAACACCUGGGCAACAUGGAGAUGUUCGAUCCCCUCACCAACAAAUGGAUGAUGAAGGCCUCCAUGAACACAAAAAGGAGGGGGAUAGCGUUGGCUGCUCUGGGAGGCCCUAUCUAUGCUAUCGGAGGCCUGGACGACAACUCGUGCUUUAACGAUGUGGAGAGAUACGACAUUGAGUGCGACCGCUGGAGUGCCGUGGCCCCCAUGAACACGCCCCGGGGAGGGGUGGGGUCUGUGGCAUUAGGGAGCCAUGUGUAUGCAGUGGGGGGGAACGACGGCGUGGCGUCCCUGUCGAGCGUGGAGCGCUUCGACCCCCACCUCAACAAGUGGACGGAGGUCAGAGAGAUGGGCCAGCGGAGGGCAGGCAACGGCGUCAGCGAGCUCAACGGCUGCCUCUACGUCGUGGGGGGCUUUGACGACAACUCGCCGCUGAGCUCGGUGGAGAGGUUCGACCCCCGGCUGCACCGCUGGGACUACGUCUCGGAGCUGACCACGCCCCGCGGCGGAGUCGGCGUGGCAUCCGUCAUGGGGCGUGUGUUCGCCGUCGGGGGGCACAACGGCAACAUCUACCUGAACACCGUGGAGGCCUUUGACCCCCGCAUGAACAGGUGGGAGCUGGUGGGCUCGGUGUCCCACUGUCGUGCCGGAGCGGGCGUAGCUGUGUGCACCUCCCACAUCAGCCAGAUAAGGGACGUGGGCCAGGGUUCUAGCAACGUGGUGGACUGCAUGUGACCGCUGGACAGCAGGACCCUGACCAGACCCGCACAGCUGCCAACAGAACACUUAUCCCAAACCCAACCACACGGACGUCGACUCGUUCCACCUCCUCUUUGUUUAUAAGCACUGACCAUCAACACUCUCACGAUUGGAAAGUCGUUAUCAUCACAAAGGCUAAAUGCAAUUCUUUGACUAGUUACAGGAACACUGCACAAUCACUUCCUGUCUGUGUCCCUCAGAUACUUUUAUGCACCAUGACGGACAGAUGGUCGAUGAGACUUUGCGUAGAUUUGCGACGUGUCCGAAUCUUCUUCGGCUUCUCUUAGCCCUGUGGAAGCCGAAAAAGUGUUUCAGUAGUUUUGUUUUGCGAUAUUUUCCGUUUAGUUAUGUAUUUCACGAUGUACUGUAUUCCCGUGGUUUUGUUCUUUGACCUGGUUACUCAAGGGAACAUGACUGACAGCAUUCUGUUUAGCGAGGCCAAUAAGCUUCAUUUUCUAUUGAACAUAGUUAUUCUCUUGAAAUAAUAGUUUUUCCACUUGUUAUCCCGAUAAAUAAAAAGUAUUCAGGUAUUUCAGAAAAACUAUAGAUUUAAGGUUUUACCUGUCAUAGACUUUGUGUCUCAGAGACUGUCUUCGCCUCAGCGCUAAUCGGACUAUCUGCCGCUUGUAUUUGCGUUUGAACAAUCAUUCCUGGCAGGAAAGGACCCGGUGGGUCUGUGUUGGGCAGACUUGGAUCUGAAAAUUACACUGCAAUAAAAGAUGGCUGCUGUCCUAUACUGCCAGGGUUAAGUGAAAGAUUUUUUACAUAGACGAUCUCGUGCCCAACUCGGUAGCCCUGGACAAUUUGCGAGUCAUCAUUCUUUGGAUGAAUUUGAUCUUGUCCCUUUGCCGCCUUCCCACCUCACCGAACUAAACUUCCCCAGGGGACAUACAAAAUUUGGAUAGAAUUCAUAGAAAGAUGGAGAGAAAGGUUAUACUCUGUAAUAAAUAUUAGGACCAUUGCCACAGGGAAAAGGGGACAAUUAAGAGUCAACUCUGUAAAAUUAUUUUUAAAAGAUAGCUGGACUGUCAGUGAUCAAGCGUGUGUUUGGGAGUGUAAAGAGAUGGGGAAUGAUCUGCCAAAAGGUUAAGAUAUAUUUUAAUAUAUGGAGUUUUGUAUCACAAACUCACUGCAUAUAUUUUGCGUUAUCCUUUAAUAUCUUAUUGAAUUUGUUGUGCACUAUUUUCUUAGAAUAGAAGUAAGGAUUGACUAUAUAUUUUGUCCCAUGUACUGUACAUUUUUAUAUUUUCAAGAGUUGGCAGUAUCUGCUUUUGUAAGCUCUGAUGUAAGAGGUAGUUGCGUAUCCUGGCCACCUUAAGGCAUUCAGGUAACUGUUUGGAUUUAUUUUCGGUUCUAUUCUUCAAAACAGGUGCGUGAAAUUGAAAUGUAUGAAAAUAUUUAAAUACUUAAUUGAGAUGCCAUGUUAGAUAUGCUGUUUGUGAAUGCAGUCUAACUCAUGUAGGACAUUUGUUACACCAGACAGAGCUAUGCUGACUGUGACAGAACAUGUCUGGCGCUUUUGUAAACUUGAUCAAUAUGUUUUGAUGCACAAUAUGCUGUACUUUUAUGUGUUUCUUUCAUUUUUACAGCUGGCUAUUUAGUUGGUGUUAUUAAAAUAUGUAUAA